UCAUGCUGCUGCCAGGUCCAGAGUCUCUCAUGGGUCCCUGUACGGCCUCCCAUUGCUGCUGUCUCCAUCGCCACACUCUGCCAUGUGCCACUUUCAGGUCUCCUCACACACUGCUGGUGUGUUGAAUUUUUUGACAUAGGGUGCUGGCAGAUUACGGGCCUCCCAUAGCUGCUGCCAGGCCCCUAAUCUGCCAUGGGCCCCUAUAUACCGCCUCCUCAUGCUGCUGCCAGGUCCAGAGUCUCUCAUGGGUCCCUGUACGGCCUCCCAUUGCUGCUGUCUCCAUCGCCACACUCUGCCAUGUGCCACUUUCAGGUCUCUCCUCACACUGCUGGUGUGUAGAAUUUUUUGAC